GGGUGUCGCUGCGCUCCAUGGCCGCGCCGCAAUGGGGGUGAAGCUGGAAGUGUUCCGGAUGGUGCUGUAUUUGACUUUUCCUGUUGCCAUGUUCUGGAUUUCAAAUCAAGCAGAGUAUUUUGAAGAAUAUGUAAUCAAACGAAAGAGAGAGAUCUUUCCACCUGAAGAUGAGUACCAGAGAAAGGAGCUGGAAGCCUUCAAAGAGCGAAUGAGGAAGAAGCGGGAGGAGCAGCUGCUGCUACAGGAGGCUAAGGAGUAAUAGUGUGGCAUCCUUUUCUCCCCAUCAU